AUGUCAGACGAACGCCGCCCCCGAUCGCGCUUCGACAGCGACGAGCCUGAGCGCCCGGCACGCUCGCGUUUCGACACCGACCGUCGCUCGAGAUCGCCGUCGCGGAGGGAGUCCGACUCGCAUCGUGAACGCAGUCCCGUGACGCGCGAGGCCACAGACAGCCCCUCCCACCCGGGCGCGGGCCUGAAGAACAAAGCCGCGGCGGCGGCGGCGGCUGCGGCGGCGAGGAUCAAUGCGCAGAUCCAGGCGAAGAAGGGCAUCCAGCAUGUCGAUGUGCCGCCGAUUCGCUCUGCGCCUACCCCUCCAGUCGUCAGGUCCCCCUCCGCCAACCCAGCCCAGGCCGUCUCCAGCGAGAUGUACCAGCAAGACGGUGACUACAUCAAAGACAUUGAAAUCAACGAUCUCAGAAAUCGCUAUACUCUGACCAAAGGAGCUGUUCAAAAAAGGAUCAAAGACGAAACUGGCGCCGAUGUCACCACCCGAGGAGAAUACUACCCCGACAAGACCAUGGCCACGGCUGCUAACCCGCCUCUCUACCUCCGCGUCACCAGCACGUCCAAAGAAGGACUCGACACCGCCGUCAAGAUGAUUGAAGAGAUGCUGACACAGGAGUUGCCCAACCUGGUAGACGAGCGUCGCUUCCGUCGCCGUGAGCCUGAAAACUUUGAGCGCGACGAGUUCGGCCGACGGAAAUGGCCCGAAGAAAAACUCUCGGUAGGUUUGGAACCCAUCAGCGGCUUCAACCUGCGAGCACAGGUCGUCGGCCGUGGAGGCGACAACGUCAAGUACAUCCAGCAAGAAACAAGCUGCAAGGUUCAGAUCAAAGGCCGUGGCUCAGGCUUCAUGGAGCCCCAGUCUGGCCAAGAGAGCGAAGAGCCCAUGUUUCUUCACAUUGCUGGUCCUCGUCCUGAAGGUGUAGCCAAGGCCAAGGAGCUUUGCAACGAGCUGCUUGAAAAGGUGAAGGCUGAUUAUCAAGCGUUCAAGGACCGCCCUCCCCCAAACCGCUACGGCGACAGGGACAGCUACGGCGGCGGACGAGGCUAUGGUGACCGCGGCGACCGCGGCGACCGUGGCGACCGUGGCGACCGUGGCGACCGUGGCGACCGUGAUCGAAGCCAAAGUUACGGGUACGGAGGUGGAAGUGGAGGAGGAGGUGGCUAUGGUGGCGGCGGUUACGGUGCGCCAAACGGCGCUGCUGACCUCCCUGCUACCCCUGUUGGCGUCACAGAUGCGAACGCUCAAGCUGCUGAUUACAACGCUCAAUAUGCCCAGUGGGCCGCUUACUAUGCCAGCAAUCCAGCCGAGGAUCCCUAUGCUGCGUACGGCGGCUUUGCCGCCGUCAUGGCCCAAUACUCGCAGGGCUACGGACAGUACUACGGCCAAGGUUAUACAGCCGGACAAACGCAGUCCCCUGCACCCGGCGCCGGAGCUGCCGCACCACCACCACCACCACCCGCUGAGCCUGCAGGUUAUGGAGCGCCUCCCCCUCCUCCCCCGCCUGCUGGAUCGCCCGGAGCUGGCUACGGUGCAGUCCCUCCUCCACCAGGCCUGUAA